ACAAACAAAGCAAGCUUAAUCACAAUUCACGAGGACCAAAAUGCCUUCUUCUUCCACCACCAUAAUUUCUAAAUUCACCAUCUACCCAGAUCAGAAAUCCACUGUCAAACCCCUUAAACUCUCUGUCAGUGACCUUCCAAUGCUUUCAUGUCACUACAUCCAAAAGGGUGUAUUGCUAUCUGCACCACCCUAUCCCUUUGAUGACCUUGUUUUAACUCUUAAGGAUUCUCUCUCCCUCGCCCUCUCCCACUUCCCCGCCCUCGCCGGCCGUUUCACCACCGACUCCGACGGUUACAUUUACAUUACCUGCAACGACGCCGGCGUGGAUUUUAUUCACGCUAAAGCCAAGCAUCUCACCCUCAACGCCGUCGUUUCGCCCGGUCUCGUCGACGUGCAUCCUUGUUUCAAGGAGUUUUUCGCCUACGACAUGCCGGUUUCCUACUCCGGCCACCACAUCCCCCUCGCCGCCGUCCAGGUCACCGAGCUCGCCGACGCUGUUUUCGUCGGCUGUACUGUCAACCACGCCGUCACCGACGGCACCUCCUUCUGGCACUUCUUCAACACGUUCGCCGCCGUCGCCAAAGGCGGCGGCGCCAGGAAGCUCCCCAAGUCGCCGGACUUCACCCGUAACACCGUCUUCAACUCCGCCGCCGUGCUUCCCAUCCCCGCCGGCGGCCCCGCCGUGACGUUCGACGCCGACGAGCCGCUCCGGGAGCGUGUCUUCCAUUUCUCCCGUGAAUCCAUUCUGAAACUGAAACAGAAAGCAAACAGUAGCAGCAACGGAUUCCCGGAUUCCGCGGAGGUGAUCGCGAAAAACGUGAACGACGGUUGGAAAACCGUUAAUGGUAACGGUAACGGAAGGGUUGCCCCUAUGGCUAACGGUAACGGCAGAAACGAGAUCUCGUCGUUUCAAUCUCUUUCCGCUCAGCUAUGGCGUUCGGUGACACGUGCGAGGAAACUGGACGCAGCCAAAACGUCGACGUUUCGGAUGGCGGUGAACUGCCGCCACAGAUUGGAACCCAAGAUGGAUCCGUUUUACUUCGGCAAUGCGAUCCAGAGCAUCCCCACCGUUGCUUCCGCCGGAGACAUCCUCUCACGCGAUCUACGAUUCUGCGCCGAUCUGCUUCACCAGAACGUCGUCGCGCACGACGACGCCACCGUGCGCUGCGGCAUAGAGGGUUGGGAGAAGGCGCCGAGGCUGUUCCCGCUUGGGAACUUCGACGGCGCGAUGAUAACCAUGGGAAGCUCGCCGCGGUUUCCGAUGUACGACAACGACUUCGGGUGGGGCCGGCCACUGGCCAUUCGGAGCGGCAAGGCGAACAAGUUUGACGGGAAGAUCUCUGCGUUUCCGGGGAGAGAUGGUAACGGCAGCGUGGAUCUUGAGGUCGUUUUGGCACCUGAAACGAUGGCGGGGCUUGAAAACGACAUGGAGUUUAUGCAGUAUGUGACGGAAAGCGUGUGUUUGGCUUAGUGACAGUGAAAAAUAUCAAUGUAAUUGUAUGGUUAUUUAUUUUUAUUUUAAAUUUUUUAAAUAAAAAUUUAGAAUAACUCUGCUGA